AUGUGCCGGCUGUUGUUGCAGGCGGUGGCCGUGUGCCAGCAGAGGCCUGGCCCGCCCCCAGGGAGCGCUCCGACCCCGCCGCCGCCCCCCGCGCUGCCGCGCCUUCUGGCAGCCUUCGCCGGCACGGCCCCCGCCGCCGCUUCAGAGGAAGACGCCACUGCUGCGUCUGCCACCGGCGCGACCACCGUCUCCACAGCCACAGCCAGUGCUGAGGUGCCCAGCACGAACCGCGACGAUUUAUCUGGCAGAAGCAGUGGCGUAGCUACGCCAGCAGGUGCCAUUGGCAUCAGCAGCGAAGCUGAUAUUGUCAGCAGUCAGCAUGUCUUCAGCAGCAGCCAGGACAGCGGCAGCAGCAGUCAGACUGGCAGUAGCAGCAGUCAGGGAGUCAGCAGCAGCAGCCAGUCAGUCAGCAGCAGCAGUCAGGCAGUCAGUAGCAGCAGUCAGAGCACUAACAGCAGCGGUCGGACAGCACUCAGCAGCAGUCAGACCGCUAGCAGCAGUCAGGCUGCUAGCAGCAGUGUUUCUGAGGUCGCAGCAGCACCCACAGCGGCCCCUGAGCCGGCUGCUACCACCACUUCCACCCCUGCAGCUACUCCAGCCACCAGUGGGGCACCCAGCGGCAGCAGCAGCACCACAACCACAACCAUCACUACCACUACCACCACCAAUGCUGCCACCACUCCCCCACCGCCACCGCCGCCUAUCACCUUCUCUGACGGCAACCCUGCCAUUGAGGAAGAAUCGAGUGGUAGCCCUACAGCACUAGAAGGGUCCAGUGGAAGCUCUGCGGCCCUGGAAGGGCUCAGCACCGCCGAGCCACGCCCCCCUCUGCCACCUCCCAGACCACCGCACCGCAUCCCGUCGCGUCUCGAGGAGAAGCUGGAGUCACUCUCCUGUGACAUUCCUCCACUGCCCUCGGAGUCGCGCCUGUGGAGGGGCAACGAGACUCACGAACUCCUGCUGCCCAUCAUUGUGACGCCCGACUGCGAGGGCGAGGAGGCGGAGGAGGGCGGCGACUGCGCACCCGUCUCCGUCAGCUGGGAGGGCGGCGCCGAGCUGCAGAGCGGCGACGUGCUGCUGGUGCGCAUCGACGAUACCAGGCUGGUGGCCGGCCGACAGGCCAGCGCCCGGACCCGGCCGGGGCACCUGCGGCGCCAGCCCGAGACGGCCGUGUACCAGGUCACCCGGCCGGGACACGACCACUGUGACGUCACGGAGGGCGUGCUGCUCGACAUCACGCCGCUCAUCGUGGACGGCCGCAAGGUCGUGACGCUAUACGACAAGGACCUCACCGAGGGCAUCAAUCUGCUCAUCGUGGUUUCGGAGCGCUGGGGCGGCCAGUGUGUGCGGCUGAGGGUGCUCGUUAAGUCCGACAACUGCGGCGAGAACCAGGACUGCUCAGCCAAGGGCGUCUGCUUCUCCAACAUCUCCAUGGAGGGCUACGAGUGCCAGUGCUGCCCCGGCUUCGUGGGCCCGCACUGCGAGGAGCGCGACGCCUGCUACCCCAGCCCGUGCCGCAACAACGGCAUUUGCGUCGACCUGUCGCAGGGCCAGGGCGGCAACAGCUUCCAGUGCCUCUGUCCAUACGGCUUCACCGGCAAGACGUGCGAGUCAGAGGCGGACCCGUGCGGCUCUGCGCCGUGCCAGAACGGCGCCACCUGCGUGCGCAACGCGACGCACUUCCGGUGCGUGUGCCCCACGGGCUUCGCCGGAGAGGUGUGCCAGCAGCCGCUCAACCAGUGCGAGUCGUCGCCCUGCAAGCACGGCAUCUGCGUGGAGCAGGAGGACGGGUACCGCUGCUUCUGCCGGCCAGGUUUCACGGGCAUGAACUGUGAGUACGAGUACAACGAGUGCGAGUCUUCGCCGUGCAUGAACGGCGGCACCUGCACGGACCAGGUGGGCCGCUUCUCGUGCGCCUGCGGCCGCGGCUACACCGGCAACAGGUGCCAGGUCAAGGUUGACCUGUGUGACCCGAACCCCUGCCACGACCACCACUACUGCGUCGACCGCGGCAACAAUUACACCUGCGAGUGUCCCAAAGGCUUCUCCGGACCCGACUGCCUCAUCCCGUCACGAGCGGCGUGCAGCGUGAACCCGUGCCGCCACGGCGGCACCUGCUGGAGCAGCGUCGACUCCUUCUACUGCGCCUGCCGGCCGGGCUACACGGGGAAGACCUGCCAAGAGGAGUUCGUGCUGGAGGCGAUGCCGAGCGCCAUGCCGCGGGCGACGGGCCGCGACGGCCAGCUGGACCUGCAGAUGCCCAUCUCCAUCCACCUGGACCACCUGCACAACGUCUACAUCGCCGCGGGGACGCUCGCCUGCGCCGUCGUCAUCGUCGUGCUUACGGUAGCGGCGUGCCACUGCCGAGUGCACGAGACGUACAAGCGGUGCUUCCUGAACGCGUCGCCGCUGCUGCCCUGCAAGCUCUCCAGGCUGGACGACCCAAAGUCCCCCAGGUCAGCAAAGGUCCGGAGUUCGAGUCUCGAGCGCGAGAGGGGGAAGGCGGGGCCCGCGGGGGGCGGCGGCCGCUUCCCCGCGCUCGACACCGCCGAGAUGUACUACACGCUCGACUUCAGCGACAGCCAGAGCUCGCCGCUAAUCCAGUAG